CAAACUCGGAUAUUUCACCUCCAAAAUAUUCUUCAUUCUUGGGAAUAACUACUCAAAAAAUCCUCGAUCCUGAGCUCCUCACCAGGAAUUCCCUUCAUUUAUAAUUCCGAAGGACACUCCUGUCCUGUCAGUCUUGCUGUACUGCUCUCCAAACGGAUACUGCACCUGCGAGCUCCAGCUGAUCGGCGCCGUUGAGGGGAUCUGCAUACUCCGUACAAUCCAGGGCAUCUUGACAAUUCACAUUCCAGCCCCCUGCAGCUCGAGCAACACAAAUCUCACAGGGAUCUCCCCAACAGACCAAUCUCACUGGCAUAUAAGCCCAAUCGACCUCGCUGGCCACGCUGAGCGCUGAGCACACAGAUUCGUGCUUGUCCAGCCAGGCCAGUCCAUUCCCACCGCCUCGUCGACCCCCUCGUUCUUGCCCUAAUCCACCUCCACUUCACCACCUUGAACCAGCGCACAUAGCUUCUUUGGACACCUCCCAUGCCUGCGUCUCCCCCCGCGGCACCCCGCGCUCGUCUCUCCAAUUAAACGCACCCUCCCGCGCCAAACUACCUCACUCUACUCCACAACCCGCGCCUCAGCCUCAAUCCCUCGCGCUAGCUCCACCACCCUCCCCGCCGAUCCCCGCCAUGCCCACCUACCUCAUCCACGGCUUCCGCUGGUACCGCAUCUCCAUCCGGCAAUACGUAGCCACCUACGACGUCGAAGACGCAGCCCCCGACUGGAUCGUCACUCCCGCCUCCUCCCACGCCCUCCUCAACUCCCUCUACACCCUCCACGACUUUAUCCCGCCCUGCCAGCAACCAACUUCCACCUCCCUCUCCUCCUCUUCAACCGCCACCCUCACCCCGCCCUUUCAUUCACCCACCCGCACAACCACCGCCCCCGCCCCCGCCCCCGCCCCGCGAGAUACAGGUCUCUCCCCACCACAGCCCUACGCCUACGUCGGCGACGCACUAGUCCGCAUCUCCCUCUCCGCAGACAUCGGUGCCGAGAUCGCAGCAUAUGAAUCGCGCCAGGGAUGUCGGAGGGAGGGCGCCUCGAUAGGAGAGUUGAGACGCCUGGGCAGGGAGGAAGGCUGGAUUGGGAAGUUAGCGGGGCAUUUGGAGCCGAAGGAGCGGGUUGGGUGGUUUGUGGUUGUCUGUGGAGAUGAGGAGAGGUCGUUUGGACGGGGGGGUGGGGAGAGGGAGGAGAGGGAGGGGGUAGUUGAGGCUGUUGUGAGGAAGGAGAGGAGGGGGUUUAGGAGGUUUUUUGGGGGGAGGGAUAGGGAGGAGGAGGUGGAGGUUAGGAGGGUUAGUAAGUCGAGGAGGGGGUGA